UCAAAUCUAAAUGUCGGCUGUCGAAAUCGUUUUCCCCGAAUGCAAAAACGCUAGAAACUUAAAUUUCGUUCCUGUUUUUGAUUUGUAAUUGCGCAUAAUAAAUAUGUCACUUUUUAAGAAACCGAAAAAAAAUCUGCGUCAAAGAACGGCAGCAAGUGAUGAAGAGGAUGGUGAUAAUCUUGCACCCUCAAUCAAGGUCGAAAGUGUUCCGUCCUCAGCAUCCGGCAACAACAAACCUUCGACAAAACCGCCAAAAGCUGCUGCUUCAGAGAUCAAAAAGAAAACGAGUAUUCUUAGUUUUCAGGAAGAUUUGGAGGAAGAUGAGGGAGUUGAAACAUUCCAGAUCAAAAAAUCUUCCCAGAGUCGAAGAAUUGCCAAACGAAUGGAGAGAGACAGGAAACUGAAGGAACAGGAGCAGAAGACCACUGCUAAGGCAUUGCCAGAAGCUGUUCAAGAAGAAAAACAACCACAGCUUGAAAACCAUGCCCCCAUAACCAACCUCACUGAAGCACCAAAGAAUUUAAUCCUCACUGGGCGUGAAGCAGAGAUGGCUGGAUAUCGGUCGGAUUCAGAAGAAGAAAGUGCAGAUGAGGGCGUCAAAUUUAGACGGCCUGACCCGUUCAGGAAUGUCCUGGAAAAUGGUGCCAUUCCAGAUGCUGCGAUGAUCCAUGCCGCAAGAAAGCAUCGUCAACAGGCGAGAGAGCUUGGUGGUCUUGCUGAUUACGUUAAAUUGGACGAUAUGCCAGAUUACGAGAAGGAAUCUCAGGCCACUGUCACAUCUGCGAGGCUUGUACGAGAGGACGAAAACGAUAAGAGUGAUGAAGACGAGGCUGAAGAUGGCAGAAUGGAUUUUGCGGUUGACCUUCUAACAAAAGAUAAGCAAGAACGAAGAGAAGCAUUCUUGGCGGCUGAGAGAGAAGAUGACGAAGAAGAAAGCGACGAUGAAGAUGACUGGGAGAAACAGCAAUUCCAAAAGGCCAUCCGCCAACGUCAGGUUGAAGCGGCUUAUCAAGAAAUGACCCUCCAGCAUAAGUACAUCGAAGAAGGGCCUUCAACGUCUUCCAGGUCGAUGUCUAAAGAAAAGAUUCUGAAAGGACCUAUUGCUCCUUCUCUUCCUGUUAAGACUACGUUGUCGGCCCCCGAUCUCAGCAAACUAGCCCCACUGCCUACUCCAUUAGAAUUGAAAGAAAAGUUACGCGAGCGCUUAUCGGGGUUAGAUGAAGUGCAUAGACGCCAUGUUAGUGAUAUGGAACGGAUGGAAUCGGAUCUUUCACAGUGCAGAUUGGAAGUUCAGCGUCUCGAAACAGAACGACCUCAGCUAUCUGAUAGGUAUCACUAUUUCCAGGUUACCCGCGGUUACGUCCACGAUUUAGCCGAUUGCCUUACAACAAAGUACUACGAAGUGGAAGCUUUGGAAAAACGUUGGUUUGCUCAGUUAGGUCGACGAUAUCGUUAUUUAGCCGAACGGCGACGCGAAGACGUUCGGGACGAGGCCAGCGACUGUGCCAUUCAGUCUGUGAUUGUGCAAUCUAUUAAUCCCGACAAGCUCGCCCGGACGGCGGAGCGUGAAGCUCGUCGAAGGCGUAGACGUAACAGUCGAAAAGAUUCCUCUAGGCAUAAGGAAGGACUCUCAUCUGAUGAUGAGGUUGUUGAAAAAGAGGCAUCGUCGUUCAAUCUCGAGAAAGACAAGAUACUGGAAGAAUCCAAUCGGUUGUUCGAAGACACUCUAGAAGAGUUCUGUUCGCUCGAGAUCAUCGCUCAACGGUUUGACGAGUGGCGGACCCGUGAGAAGGAUUCCUAUAAUAACGCAUACGUAGAUUUAUUCUUACCUCGUCUGGCCGGCUGCAUCGUGCGUUGGCAUCUGCUACAGUCCUUGUGGAACCCUUUGGAACAAGAAGUUACAUUGAUCAACAAAAGCAAAUGGUUCCAGACGCUAGCUCAGUACGACAUGCGUUCCGCAGUCAAAGAAAAAGAUCAGGACCCACCUGUCGUUUCAAAAACACUUGAAAUUUCUGUUGUUCCCUACGUUGUUGAGGUUGUUAAAGCGGCAUACGAUCCUUGUUCAACCAGUCAAACGAAUCGCUUAGUCAAACUGGUCAAGAAUUUGACGGAAGAGCAUCCUAUUCUUGCCGGCCACAAAACUAUACAAGCCUUGUUAACGGCUGCUGUUGAAAAAUUCGAAUGUGCCGUGGAUCAAGAUGUUUUUAUUCCUUUCCACUUUGCAGCACAAAAUCCUGGCUUCGUUAACAGACAAUUCUGGUCGGCUGCAAAACUUUUACGAAAUAUUCUUCACUGGCAGGCCGUGGUAGAUGACUCGCAGUUACGAAGUGUUUCCAUCGACAAACUUUUUAAAAAGUAUAUGCUUCUACCGUUGACCAAGACGACUGUACGAGGCAACGCUAGCGACCCUGAUACCUUGGACAAGGUUCGUUGGAUCGCUGAAUCGCUGCCUCGAAAUUGGUUGGGACCCAUGGCGCCAGGUGCAUCACAGCUUCAACCACUGAUCGACACAACAAUGUCACUGGCCCAGAAUGCAGAUAGUACAACAACUGCCGGUCGCAAGCAUGUCAAAGAUGUCGCUGCAGUCCUACAAAAGCUCGGGGCGGCUGCUGAAGCCCAAGAAAUUCUCGCAAAAUACUUGUAAUUUAUUUUGUUGCAUUAUUUUCCAACAUCCUUUACGA